AUGGCUCCUGCUGGCCACCCAAGCAGCGCCAAGCGCAAACGCAGUGCUCCCUCUGAGAAGGUUACCAAGCGUCAGCGUGCCGCCUCUAGCGAAGAUGAGGAAGACCCGAAUGCUCCCAUUCUCCUCAUGGAACAGGAAAUUCUCGAGUCCAAGAAGAACUACAACAAUAUCGCUCUGCUUCUGCAAAAGGCGACCAAGUCUGCGUCUGGCAACCCAGAGUCCAUGCUCGCUACCGUUGCCCUGUGUCGCAUCUUCAUGAGAUUUUUGGCGCAAGGCUCUCUUGUAUCGAAAAAGUCUCUCUCGGAAAAAGAGAAGGUUGUCGUUGCAUGGCUGCGAGACCAGUAUAGCCAGUUCAAAGACGUCCUGCUGGAUCUGCUCAGGGAGGACGAUGUUGCCGCCACUGCCCUCACGCUGUGUAUGCGGAUACUGAAAGCGGAAGGUGAAUAUCUAAGGGACAAGUCAGAUUAUGCAUUUCCUCGCGAUUUCAUGGCGAAUAUUGUCAAGAACAUUAUUACGAGUGAGAACGACGACAUCCGCAAGAUCUACAUUGAAGAGUUUGCCGAGCAGUAUGAUGACAUCCGCUACUAUACGUUUGCCUGUGUUGCUUCCGUCAUCAAGGAUCUCUCAAAAGACAGUGAUCACAAGUCGAGGCUAUUUGAAAGUGCCUUCGCUCUCAUCUCCGUUCUCGAUGGCGUACCAGGAUCAGCAGACGAGUUGGAGGACUUUUACAUUCACAAGCCGGAAAAGAAAUCGCACUCUCUGCGGCAACCUGGUCAGCACAAGAAGCAAGCCCAGGACGCCUGGUUUGCUCUGAUGAACAUUAUCGAAACCAACGACCAACGCAAGCGCGUGCUGGCGCUCAUCUCAGAUGUGAUUGCGCCGUGGUUUUCUAAGCCUGAGAUGCUCUCAGACUUCCUAACAAGUUGCUACGAUACCAGCGGAUCUAUCGCACUUCUGGCCUUGUCUGGUGUCUUCUACCUGAUCCGGGAGCGUAAUCUCGACUACCCGUCUUUCUACCCCAAGCUGUACUCGCUCCUCGACAGCCAAAUCCUCCACUCCAAACACCGAGCGCGAUUCUUCCGACUCGUGGACACAUUCCUCGGCUCGACGCACUUGCCCGUCGCCCUCGUUGCCAGUUUUUUGAAACGACUGGCUCGCCUGUCCCUAAACGCGCCUCCAAGUGCCGUGGCCUUUGCCAUUCCUUGGAUUUAUAACAUGCUCAUGAAGCACCCAUUGUGCACCUUUAUGCUUCAAAGAGAAACCACAGACGAAGAGGCAAAGAAGCAAUUAAGGGAUCACGGCCUGGAGGACCCUUUUCUGGCCGACGAGAAGGACCCGAUGAAGACCAAUGCCAUCGAUAGCAGCUUAUGGGAACUUGUCCAGAUGCAGUCGCACUACCACCCCAACGUCGCCACGAUUGCAAAGAUUGUGUCGGAGCAGUUUACCAAGAACUCGUACAACAUGGAAGACUUCUUGGAUCACUCUUAUGCCAGCUUAUUGGGGGCUGAGAUGGACAAGGAAGUUAAGAAGGCGCCAGUUGUCGAGUUCCACAUCCCCAAGAAGAUCUUCCUGCCGCAGGAACAAGAAUCAGGGGUCCCUGAUAGUCUCUUGGUGAAGCUCUGGGAUUUCGAAACUGUCGAUGCCUGGUGGGUCUAG